AUGCUCAAACGUGCCGUAGCACGAUUUGAACUUGAUACCGGAAUGUCGGUCGACAUGCAGGCCACGAUGAACGGAAUCAAGCAGUUCUCCUACAGCACUCCUUCUCUGGAAGCAAUGGUCAAAGGACAGCAAAUGCGCCGUGGCAACAUGCACGGGCUAGAAAUCGAUGAGCCUUUGUCCGAUGAUGAUCCCGUCGAUGCUCUCGACAUAGACGGGCUCGACAUUGACGAGAACGAAGACGAGUUCGAUGAAGAAGUAUCCAAGCCCAGACAAUUGGCUGGAAAAGCCAACACCAGCAACCCAUACGACAAAAACGACAACUUUGCCUCGUCAGCUCCAGUUUUGAUCGGAACACCAAGCCGAGGAAUUCGACGACAUGAAGAAGAUGAAUUCGAGGGAGCUGAAUCUUACUACGGAUCUGCGCUCCACAAGGAGCAUCUCCGUCAAUCCUUGCAGAAAAACAACUGA